AUGGCCGUUAUCUCGCGACGCACAAAGCGUCGUUUACGAUCUAUCGCUAUCCUCCUCCUCAUCUGCACCUUCAUAAUCUACUCUAUUCUCCCUCACGAUUCAGCUAUACGCCUGGCUCUUGUCUUCAAUGUCUCGCGCUUCUUCAACUUCCUGCGCGGCACGGCAACAGAUAAAGACGCAUGGCUUUGGAAAUCACCACGGUAUACCGUUGAUCUGAAGAAAGAUGUGGGAUAUCUGAUCAAAACAGGCUAUGGAACGCGUCACCGAGUGGCCGAGCAGAUAGCUGCCUUUAAGGCAACUGGGGGCUACCUUGGAAAAGAAGGCGAGAGUUUCCUCGUUGUGGGAGAUUGGACGACAGUAAAUCAGACAGAUGCGGACUUGAUAGGCGUGACAGUGCACGAUGCUAUCAAGAGAGUCAUGGAAACCAAGAUCAGAGGUAAGGUGGAUGGCUAUCCCAGGCUGGUCAAGUAUAGAAGCCUUCAAGCAAGUCUCCAAGCAGGAGACGAGGAUGUGGCUUUGAAAAUCGGGCAAAGCUAUGGGUGGGAGCUCGAUGCGCUCAAGUUCAUCAUGGGUAUGGAGAUGAUAUAUCAUGAGCUGCCUGGUAAAAAGUGGUACAUCAUAUUGGAUGAUGACACCUUCUUGAUUAGACCAUCUUUGGAGCUUCUCAUGAGCCAUAUUGAUUACCGGAAGCCCCAGUAUAUUGGCAAUGCAGUAGGCGACUACAAGGCGCGCUUCGGACAUGGAGGAUCUGGCAUUCUGAUCUCCGGAGAAGCAAUGCGCCGCUUGUUUGAGCAUCCGGGCAUCGUACAGGAAGCAUAUGCCGAGUCCAUGACCGAGACAUGGGGGGACCGGCUGGUAGCAACGACGUUACAGAAGCUGGGGAUCUACAUCGAGGAGGCGUAUAAUCAUCACUUUAACGGUGAGCCUCCGUCAAUCACGCGGAUCUGGGGUGAUCGGUUCUGUUCGCCCCUGGUUUCUUUCCACGGCCUUCGAAAACCCGGUGAGAUGCGCCGAGUCGGUGAGACACUGGCAACGAGAGAGCAGCCGGUGCUAUGGCGCGACGUCUGGCAGCUUUUCGGAGGGUCAGCCAUAUCGGCGCUUGAGAGCCGGCGGACUGAGUUGACGGCGGAUCAUGUGGGCAAGCCGGACGAGCACACCCGCUCGUGGGGCGACGUCAGGAGUGCCAAUGCUUGUCAAAAGCGCUGUGAACAAAGCGGUCGACGCUGCUUGGCAUGGACAUAUGAGAUGGAGAUUGAGAGGUGCCACACAAGUCCUUGGCUGCUACUGGGGGCGGACGGCGCUACAGGCAAGGCAUCGGGGGUGAACUGGCCCCAGGUGAAGCCACUGCUGAACAGCUGCAGAAAAUAA